AUUUUGCACCUUCUUGUGAGUUGUGAUUCCUCGAGACUAGCUGAUAGUUCAUUUUGGCUUGAUCAUUCCCCUGUACUUUUAUAGUCACUGCUCGCGCUGUCCUGUACUGGGUAGUGUGCGCUCGUUUCGUGAGGUUCAUGGAAACGGACGGAUCCGCGGUGCCGCAACGCCCGGCGCGUGUGCAACCAGACGACGCCGGUGCUCACAUCCCGUCGUGCCGCCACGCCGAGGAACCGUCCUUCAGUGAGCGGCACGGUGACGUGAUCGCCAUGGCAGCGGCGUCCCCUGGGUACUCGCCGUUCCAAGCGCCCGCUCUCCCAACGGCGCACUCGGUGUCAAUCAGCUUGCCGGCGUCGCCGACUAGGUUCGACAUCGCAAGGACGGAGCUGGAGCUGCAGCGACACGCCGUCACGGAUGCGUCGCUCAUGUGUCCGCUCCCGCCGCGCGGCCCGGCGCCCAUCGCGCUCGCGCAGCCCGACAAGGUGGUGUUCCGGUCCCAGCCGAUCCCCGCGGCGCCGCCACAGGCCAAGAAAUCCCAGGUGUACGACGACUCGAACCGGAGCGCUCCUCCGCCGCCCAUGGCGAGGACCAAGGCGCGCAGGGACAGGAGCUACGACUCGUUCAAGACGUGGUCCGGGAAGCUGGAGAAGCAGAUCACCACGCACCUACUAGGAUCCAGGCCGCAGCAGCAGGAGCAGGAGGAGCCCGAGGAAGAAUACGCGGCGAGCAACCGCCCCAGGUCCUCCAUGCCCGGAGUGCAGCGCUUCUUCGCUGCGCUGGAAGGCCCUGAACUCGACAAGCUGAGGUCCUCGGAGGAGCUGAUCCUGCCGUCCGACAAGACGUGGCCGUUCCUGCUCCGCUUCCCGGUGUCCGCGUUCGGCAUGGGCAUGGGCAUGAGCAGCAUGGCGAUCCUGUGGAAGAGGAUCGCGAUCUCGGCGUCGACGCGAUUCCUGCACAUCACGCUCAAGAUCAACAUGGUGCUCUGGUGCAUCUCGGUGGCGCUCAUGUUCAUCCUCUCGGUGCUGUACGCCUGCAAGGUCGUCUUCUACUUCGAGGCGGUGCGGCGCGAGUACUACCACCCGAUCCGCGUCAACUUCUUCUUCGCGCCGUGGAUCGCGUGCCUGUUCCUGGCCAUCGGCGUGCCGGAGCUGGUCGCGGCCAGCCUCCCGCAGUGGCUCUGGUACGUGCUCAUGGCGCCCAUCGUGUGCCUGGAGCUCAAGAUCUACGGGCAGUGGAUCUCCGGCGGGCAGAGGCGGCUGUCGCGGGUGGCGAACCCGACGAACCACCUGUCCGUCGUCGGCAACUUCGUCGGCGCGCUCCUCGGCGGCAUCAUGGGCCUGAAGGAGGGCCCCCUCUUCUUCUUCGCCGUCGGGCUGGCGCACUACAUCGUGCUGUUCGUGACGCUGUACCAGAGGCUGCCGACGAGCGAGACGCUGCCCAGAGACCUCCACCCGGUGUUCUUCCUGUUCGUGGCCACGCCCAGCGUUGCCUGCCUGGCCUGGUCGAGGAUCACCGGCGAUUUCGGCUACGGGUCCCGGAUCGCUUACUUCAUCGCCAUGUUCCUCUACGCGUCACUUGCUGUUCGGAUCAACCUGUUCCGGGGGUUCCGGUUCUCGCUGGCGUGGUGGGCUUACACGUUCCCGAUGACGAGCGCGGCGAUCGCGUCCAUCCGGUACUCGUCUGAGGUGAGGAAGAACGUGUUCACGCAGUGCAUGUGCAUCGGGCUCUCCGCGGCCGCGACGCUGACGGUGACGGCGCUCUUCUUCACCACGCUGCUGCACGCGGUGGUGCACCGGGACCUUUUCCCCAACGACAUCUCCAUCGCCAUCACGGAGCGCCGGCUCAAGCCCAGCGUCGUCGCGACGGUGAUGAUGCAGGAGAGCGGCAGCAAGGCGGCGCUCGCCCGCGCCCCCUCCGACGACAGGGGCCUGGAAGCCGCCGUUGCGACGUCGUAUACGUAAACCGAUCAGCUGGGCAACCGUUGCCGGCGUUGCGCUCGCUGAUGGAUCUCUAGCUCGCAAUGAUCUGGAUUUACAUCUAUUUUCUAUCUAUUAUAUUAUUUGAGUAUUAAAAUACAUU